GUUGACAGUUGACAUUAAAUCGAUUGGUAAAUAUAAACAAAUUAUAAAUUUUAUAUUAUUGAAUUAAAAUGUAGAGAUAUACUACAUAUUGUGUAUCUGUGCUAUUACAAAAUACGAGAUCGUAUCUAUGAUUCUUUAUGUUAUAUAUGUGUGCAUUAUUAAAAAAGUGGCAAUAAAUGGCUACAGGGGCUAUGCAGGAUACCACCCAAGGGAGUGAAUUUUUACCCAAAAAUUUAAGAUUAUCUUAUGAUCAAGUUUUUGUAAAAGAGGAAGUUCAACAUGAGGAGGAAAGGGACACCCAGGAAGAUGCAUUAAGUGGUCAAGUAGGUAUCUCAGAAGAACUGAAAAAAGAACCUCAAGACGACCUUUCUUAUUCAUCUGAAAUAAAUAAUCAAAAACUCAACCAGAAUGAUAUAAAUAUUUUACUUGACAAUAUAGAACCUUUUAACUGUCCAAUCUCUGGCCGUAUGUUUAAAUGUCCUCUAUGCGAUUUUAAGUCAAGACACAAAGUGAGCCUCAAAAGACACAUCAAAUUACACAACCCAGAACAACUGGAGACUUUCAGAUGUGGUUAUUGCAACUUUGAGACUUACUACGAGCGGCAUUUUAGGGUGCAUGUCAAAGUUCUUCAUUUAGGCGAUGGGGAUAAAAAAGUCUAUCAAUGUAAUCAAUGUUCCUAUGCAAGCAACUACCGAGAAAAUCUAAGUAGGCACAAGAAAACUCAUUUGGCUCCAGAUGAAAGGAGUUCCUUUAUAUGCCACAUAUGCGACUUUCAAACGUUUUACAGAAGAAGUUACAGAGUGCACAUGGAGAUGAUUCACAAUGUUUUAGAUAGUCAGAAGUGUGAAGAAGAAUAUAAGUGUUACCAUUGCCCAUUUGAAACUAGAUAUAGAGUAAAUAUAGUAAGGCACCUUAAAACCCACAUGAAGGGGCGUACAGAGGUAUUUGAAUGUACUGACUGUGACUUUAAAACAAUCCACAAGACAAAUUUUAACACUCAUGUAUUACGACACAAGGACCCUGGAAAAAUAAAGAUCUAUCAAUGCCAGCAUUGCUCUCAUAAGACCUUUUACAAGGCAUCGCUCAGAAGCCACCUUAAGUUACAUAUGAAAAAGGAAGAAGUGGAAACUUACAAGUGUGACAUUUGCGAUUUUUGCACACUUUAUGAAAGAAGUAUUAGGAUGCACACUUUAUAUAUGCAUAGCGGCAAUCAUAGCGCGAUCGAGUAUUUUAAAUGCACAUUUUGUGACUUUGAGACCCGUUAUAGGGAAAACUGGAGAAGGCAUGAGAAAAACCAUGCUAGACCAGGUCGUCAAGAUACGUACAACUGUCCCUAUUGCAGCUUUUCAACUAUACAACAAGGUAGAUAUGAACAUCACUUAUUAAAACACGGUCCAGACUCAACAGAACAGCAACAAAAAAAAGAAAAAGGUUGCAAAAGAUUUAGGGCAGUUGUAGAUGCACCCGCUUUUCAAAAUGAACUCCAUUCAGAAGAGAAUAAAUCAGAAGUAAAUGAUGAUUAUAAGUGCCAAAAGUUCAACAGUGGAAUUCCACAAGAAGAUAUGGAAAUUUUUCAAUGCUGUCACUGCAAUUUUAAGACUAUAAGUCGCAAACAUCUUGAUGAACAUCUAACUGUUCAUAAGUCAAAUAAUGAUUCUAGCCAAGAUAACAGUGAGAUUAACAAGCAUUCCUCUGAAGACCAACUAAUUUUAGAUCAACAUGAGAAGAUAUUUAACUGCGAGGUAUGUUCUUUUACAACUGUGCAUAGAGCCUCUAUGAGAAGACAUAAGGAGACUCAUUUAAAGCCUAAUCAAAGAAAGGAAUAUAAAUGCCCCACUUGUUGUUUUAGGUCCUAUACUAGAGCAACUGUUAAUAGACAUGUUUGCCCUAAUAGGGGUUAAAGUAUAUCUUUUCUGCUUUACGGGAAGAAAAUGGCCCUUUCGGCUCGUUUGUUAAAAAAAGUAAAAGGUUUUUGUCCCCGUAAAGCCGGAAAAUAUUACAUAGGAGGAAAUAAAUUAAGAAUGUCUACUGUAAAAUGGGGCUACUAUAUGCUAAAGGUAUGCAAUAGCAGUAUAUACUAUAACUAUUAUAUAUAUAUAUAUUGUAUACCUUUUUAGUACAUUUCCUAAUGUACCGCCGAACAUUGCAACUUUACAACUUAAACACGAAACUUAAAAACAAAUUCACUAUAAAUACGUAGAAAUAACAACAUAACAACGGAAAAAAAAAACUAAACUUUCUCUUACUAAAAACCCUUGAUAAAAUAAGGCACAUUUGUUGAAAAAAUCAUAAAUGUUACCAAAAAAGCACUGGCUAAUUAUUGUCACUUGGAAGUCCUUGUCGACAUCAAUGUCAUCGAACGGAGAUUCAUUGUCUUUCGAAUCUCGCACUUGCAGAUAUCACAUUGACAGUUUCUCUUUCUUUCCCUCUUGCUGUUUAUGGUAGAGAGUUGCUGUGUGCAUGGCAAGACGCUAGAUGAAGAGAGUCCCACUUCUUCGUCUGUAGUUCGAGAUUCCUCAGGAACGUUUGAAGGAUUUUCAGUAACAUUAGUUUCCCUAACAGUACGACUUCUUCCUUUACGUUUUUUCUCAACCCUUGUUCUACGGUGCUUUUUUAACAUAUCAGCCAAGCUAUUGUCUAAAACUCUUUCGCCGUCUGCAUCUUUUAGUUUACUAGGAAUGCGUUUGAAAGCUUCGUUAGGAUUUGCAGGAUGCAAACCAGUUGCGCUAAAUUUGAGAUUCUAUGGCACAUUUAUCCUUUUCCACAAUCUGUCUUGUAUGUUCGGAAAUUAUUCUUUCGGGAUACAGCCUUGGAAUCGAAACUCGUUUCUUCACUGAUCGAUAUCCAUUUUCCUUUCACUAUUAUCCAUUUUAUUUUCAUAUUAUUUGGACCACAUGCCAGGUUAUCACCACCAAGAGCCAUUUGGUCGUUAUUUUUUCCGGUGGAUUUGACGUAGGCAGGAAAAGCUGGAAGAACCACAUUUCGCGUUCAGUUGUCAUAAAAAUUCAAAGCUUUAUACGCAAACAAUUGGUGAAGGUCCCCAUUAGCAUUUCGAUAAGCCAUUAAGCUGAUGGUAGCACUGGAAUGGUCUUGAACUCUUUCCACUUUCUGCGUGUUUCUUGGCACCACCAUCUUUUUAGACCCAGGAUUAUUAGUCACGGUCGUUUCGUCACCGUUAUACAAAUUUAAGCCUUUCACUUUUCUAAUUGUUACAAAUAUUAACUAUUGUGAGAGGAAAUCCCCAAUUUGCUACAACACCCAAUGUCUUUGGAAUUUGAAAAAGGCCUUGUCUUGAUCACUUAAGACUACGUACUAACCAUUUUUAAUGUUUAUUGAUCUGUAACAACAUAAAGACGGUAAUAAAACACAAAAAAACAACCCAAAAAAAAUUAAAAUACGCGUGAUCUGCAAGACACCUCGGGAUGGGCAAGUAGCCCCAAUUUACGGUAUAUCGCGUAUAAUUUAGCAGCUUUUUUUACGUCCUUGGAUGCCAAAUUACAUGGGAUCUUAAAAAUUAUUUCCUCUUCCUCCAUAGGCUAAUAGUGUGAAAUUAUAAGACGCAUUUUUGUGUGUAAGCUUUAGAAUUUAAAGCAUUCCAUUUUUGCUUAAUUAUUUAUAUAUGUAUAGUUCAUAGCGAAUAGUAGUGUGUGACGUCGUCUGUUUGUUCAUAUCAUGUGUUCAAGUGCAGUUGCAGUUAUACAAUGCCGGUUUAGUUAUUACAUAACAUUGGGUCAAAGAAACAAAGGCAUUCCAUUAAAAAUGUUAGCUUUAGUAGAGGCAACAGUAAGGUAAACGAACCAUUUAUCGGCACCUUAACUUCCUUCGGCGAAUUAAAAUAUUGAAUAUUAAGACAUACAUAAAGUACAUCUCGCAAACAUUUUUGGGAAAGAGUGAAAUAAUAUAUAUUAUGUUCGAUUUAUUAAAGACUCGUCUUUUACAUCUGGGUAAUUAAAACAAUCUUGUAGUUUCUCAGAUCGUUUCCGCCUCAAAAAAUUUAUCAAUAUAAGCUCAGACUGAUCACGAAAAACUUUAGUAACUUUGCAAAUAAAAAAUCGGUUAGUGUUUUUGGGACAUUUAAACCUGGAAUUAUCAUUCACAAUGGAAUUUUGAUCGUUAAAACAUAACUCUGAUUCAAUAUUUGUGUGCGAGAUCGAGUCAUUGUUUUGAUUUAUGGCAUCAGAGACAAUAUAAAUAAAAAAAAUUAAAUAUAAAUCAUCGUCAGAGCUACUCGACUCUCUUGAAGUUGAAGGCUGACCUAAAUCACAUGCCUUAAUUCCUUUCCCUGGCGCUACAUCGAAUUUUUUCCCUGGCUUUAUAUUUUGCCAUUCUUGCAAAGUUCUUGAGUUUUGCAAGAAGUCAAGAAAAGUUUCAAACCAGCGCCGAUCAAUCUCAAUCUGGUUUUGCUGUUCUUCCAGUUGAUCAAGCAUGAGCUUUAGAAGUUUGCUUAAAACAACAUUUUUGUCACAAAGAAUUAUUCCGCAAGUUCUGAAACCAGACAGGAUAUUGUUACAGGCAUUAAGCCCGACAGUGUCAAAAAAUGUUCUUAACAUUCGUGGAAAAAGGACGCCUCUAUUUUUUUGUUUCCAGUCUAUCAAAAUGUGUUUCCAGGCUUUUUUGAACAGUGCAAAAAAAGCAACAUCCAAGGGUUAAAUGAGGUGGGUCCCAUUGGGCGGUAAAAGUACAAAGUCGAUGUUAUUUGUUUGGCACAGUUGUAUCACUUUAAGGGAAAGAUGGCUGGAUAAAUUAUCCCCAAUUAGAUUUUUUCCCUCGCAUCUUUUAAGGUACGGAAAAGCCACUUUCUCGAACCAGUCUUUGAAUAUGGCGCCUUGAAACCAACCGCUUUUGGUACACCAUCGGGACCAUUUUCGAUCCAAGUAGGGUAAAGGCAUUGCACUCUGUAAGCAACGUACGGAGGUAGCAAUUUUCAAGACACAGUGGAUGAAAUCAUUACAUGAAUGCAAGUGCUGUAUUUCCUCGAAUCCAAAAUUCUAUUUACAUAUUUUGUGUCUUUCUUCAAACGACCUUUACGCUGCCAGGAUCAUCACACAAAUUUGUUUCAUCAUAGUUCACUAUGUUACAUGGUGCCACACCCUUUAGACUUUGUGACAAACUUUCAAAAUAUUUGCCAAUAAUUUCUAUUCAGCUCGGCAUCGCUUAACAUUCUGACACAAACGUUCACUCAAAAUUGGGUUGCUUUUCACAAAACUAUGAAACCAAUCUACGCCGGGCAUGUUGUUCUGGAAGGUCUUAACGGUUUUACCUUGGGCAUUAAGAAACUGCUUUACCAACAUGUCCAACCAAGUUAGAGGAAACCCCUACUCUGCAGCCUUUUGAUUCCUAAAUGAUAGACUAGCCUCUUCCUCAUUUGUUAAAGCUGUUGGUCUCCCUGCUGGCGGUGGAUGGCUUCUUUUUAUUUUAUUGCAUAGGGUGGCUAUCGAUAUAUCAUAGACUUCAUGUACUUGUCGAUGUUUGUCAAAGCUAAAAAAUAGAUACUUCAAAGAAUUUUGUCUUCAAUUAUUAUUAUGUCUGCUAUAUUAUCGAUUCCUCAACAUUUGUGGCUUCAACUAUCGGAACUUCUUUAUACCAUCACAUAUUAUGAUGCUAAGCCUUAAAUAGAGCGCAAUUUUUUCCUAUUUUACGGUAAAACGUAUAAUGGGGGAUUUUGAAGUAAGGCUUUUAAAGAUAAACACAUUUAAAGUUAAGUCAUGAUUACUUGAAAGUGUUUAAUUACAAUUUUUUAUUUUCUUUUACACAUUUCUCGUGGUAUUAGAUGAAACACAAUCGCAUCAACUUCGUUGCCUACGAUCGUUAUUGCAAAACCAAGAAUCAACGAGAUCGUGAGGACAAACGUUUUACUAAAAAUAUUUUAUGACUUUAUUUUUCCAAAUUUUCGGCUCUACGAGUCUCUAAAGAUAACAUUUUAUAAUCUUCGGCGUACGUGCUGUUAAACACUCUUUGUCAUUACUACAUUUUGGGUUCAUCAAAAAUGGCCAGUCUCCACAAUUUACGACCAAUUAUAAGUUUAAUAUUAUACUUUUAAAUAAUUUCUGACUUGGACAAACGACUGCACUGCCACUGUGCGGUUUUCUGAUAUAUUUGCUCUAGAACCAACUUCUUUCUUUGUAUCAAGUGAAACUCAGUCUUUUAUCUUAUUCAAUGUUAGUUUAGGAAUAUUAUGGAACUUGCUGAUAGUUUUAAAGGGCAUCCCAUUCAAUAGAAACCAAAUAACUUUGCACUUACGGGAUUAACUUUUAUUUACUUUUAAGCGCAUGAAACCACAAUAGUCUUGUCAGCAUGAACACACUUCGACUUAGUCAAAUUUAAAUUAUUUUCGCUAAUAUCUGUUCGGCUCUUGCCGUUUUUAUUAAUAGGGCCGAAUAUCGGAAAGAUAUAAAAUCAUGAAGAUAUAAAAAUUAUAAAUACGCUAUCUGAGACUGUUAUUUUUUUACCGAUAAAUGGGGACAAAUAACUGCCGACAAUAGAUACGUUUACUUUACUAUUUGCUUUCGUAUAAAUUAAUAUUGUUGGUGAACAACCUCAAUUUUUAUUUGUUUCUGUGACUGAUUGAUACUCUUGAGUUCCUAUUUUAUUUCCAUGGGUUUUCUUUACUGUAGAGUUAGUUUAGGUAAGAUAUUUAUUAUUUAUUUUUGUUAUUUUUGUGUUACAAUAAAAGUUUAGUUGGA